AUGGAAGACUCCAAGGACCCCCUCCGACCCUCCCCCAAAACCUCUUGGAAGCAGUGUCUGAACAUCCUGGGUGCCUACCAGCACAUAAUGAACUUUCUAAUCAUAGGACCCUUCUUCUCCUUCCUCACCAUCUACCUUCUCUUCACGCCGCUCUGGUGGCUGUCUGUGCUCUAUGGGGUCUGGCUGAUCAUCGACUGGGACACACCCCAGAAAGGUUGCCGGAGCUUCAAAUGGAUAAGGAAAUGUGUUAUUUGGAACUACAUGAGGGAUUAUUACCCCAUCAAGCUGGUCAAGACAGCCGAGCUGCCCCCCGACAGAAACUACGUGCUGGGCGCGCACCCUCAUGGCAUCAUAUGCACGGGACCCACCUGCAACUUCCUCACCGGGAGCACCGGCUUCUUCGAGCUAUUCCCUGGGCUGCACUUGAAUUUAGCCACUCUGGUCUUCUUUUUCUUCCUGCCGCUCUUUCGGGAUUACCUCAUGGCCCUAGGCCUGUGCCCAGUGAGCCGCCAGAGCCUGGAUUUCCUGCUGUCAAGUCGCCCCUCAGGGCAGGCCGUGGUCAUCAUGGUGGGGGGCGCCCAGGAGGCGAUGAAUGCCAUCCCUGGGGUGCACCGUCUGACACUACGCAACCGCAAAGGAUUCGUGCGCCUGGCGCUUAGGCACGGGGCCUCCCUGGUGCCAGUGUACUCAUUUGGGGAGAACGACAUCUUCAAGGUCAAGAGCUUCAAGGUGGGGACCUGGCAGUAUGCAGUGCAGGUCACCUUCAAGAAGAUUGUAGGAUUCCCCCCAAACAUCUACUGGGGGCACAGCCCCUUUUCCCCAAAUUUCUGGGGGUUGCUGCCCCUGCCCAAGCCCAUCACCACUGUGGUGGGCCGCCCCAUCCCGGUGCCCCAGGUGCACCAGCCCUCCGAGGACCAGGUAAACCACUACCACCAGCUCUACAUGCGCGAGCUGCAGCAGCUGUUCGAGGAGCACAAGAUCAACUAUGGGGUGCCUGCCUCUGUGCAGCUCACCUUAGUCUAG